AUGCUCUUCUCAUCACUCUUCAUCGCCGUUUCGGCCGCUGCUAGCCUCGUCGUUGCCCAGAGCAACAGUACCUACACGGUAGACCCCAACAGUGUCCCUGCCACCCAGAGGCAAGUCUGGUGCCGUGCUCAGAGGCAGACUUGCCCCACGCUCUGCAACAACCAGAUCCAGAACAACGAUUGCGACCAGAACACGCUGCAGAUCCUCUGCGUCUGCCGGAACGGCCAAACUCCGAAUGUCACCGACUAUGAGCAGACAGUGCCGUCUCUCAUGUGCGAGCAGUGGAAGUCCCAGUGUAUCACGAACUCCGGAAGCGAUGCCACCCAGCAGGCUGCCUGCAUUGCCGUCCAGUGCGGUAACCGGAGAGCCGAGUCUAUCCUGACUACCAGCAGCGCAUCAUCUUCCGCUACCGCGUCCUCAACCGCCUCCGGCAGCGCAUCCGCAACUUCCGGUGCUGCGGCAGCAGCUUCUUCCUCCGCCGCUGCCGCGGCUAUCGAUUUCGCCACCACCUACGGUACUGGUGCCAUUGCAGCUGGCCUGUUGGGCCUCUUCGGUCUCGCUCUGUAA